AAAUAAUAAACAACAUGGAAUCUUUAACCUUCUAUAGUAUUAACAAACCCAAACGAAGAAAGUCCAAAUCCUCAUGUAAAGAUAUUUAUUGAUACCGAAAAAGCUCUAUCAUAUACAGAUGAAUUAGGUUGGAAUUGGUAAAAAGGUUAAAAUUUGCCAAAUAUAUCUAUUAGACUUGAAGUAAAAAAAAAUAAUACUUUAAUUUAUUUAUUUAAAAAUAAAAAAUAAAGAUAAAAGAUAUGUAGAUAUAAAAAACAUUAUAAUGUCCAUAAAACUUAUUUGCUCAUAUAUUUGCUGUUAAAGCAAUUAUUGAUUAAUAAGAUAAUUUUUAUUUAGUGGAUGUUGGAAUGAAAGGUGAAACAAAAAAUAAAUUAAAAAAUGGGCAAGCAUUUUUUCAAGCUAUAUAGUUUUCAUCCACUUCCUGUAAUAAUGAAGGAGUUAAAUUUCAUUUAGUAAUAUGUAUUUAUAUUUAAAAUGAAAAUCAUAAUUCACCUAAAAUAUUAAAUGCAACUAUAUCACCUCCUAUAUUUGUAAAUUCAAAGAGAUAAAUAAAGGAUUAUUAAAAUAUAAAUGUAAUUAAGAAAAAUUAAUAUAUUAUUAUAUAUAAUAAUAUAAAAUUAUAAAAAUAAAUAAAAUGUUUUUAUUAAAAAAAAGGAAAAAAAAUUAUAUAUUAUGUUUAACCUUUUGUGCCAGAAAUUUUUGAUAAAACAUUUAUUAAAAGAUAAAAUAUAAAAAGAAAUAGUUUAGAAAUUAUCAUAUUUAAUAAUUAAGAUGGACUAUAUAAUUAUUUAACAGCUCAAAAUAUACUUCAUAAAGUAAUAAAUUAAUAAGCAUAUAAUAAGAAAUAUUAUAAAAAAAAGAAUAUAUAAAAAUAUAAAUAUAUAAAAAUUUAAAAUUAAUAAAAAAGAAUUAUAUAGAUAUACAAAUAUAUUAAUAAAAAAUAUAUAAAUAUAUAUAUAUAUUUAUUUUAAUAGAGUAUUAAUUCAUAUAAUUAAUAAAAUAAAAUUAAAUAAAAAAAUGAUAAUUAAAUUUAUUUUUUAAAUUCAUCUUCAGUUUAAGAAGAAAAAAAAGAAACUUAAAACACUAAUAAAAAAUCUUUAAAUUAAUAAUAAAAAUAUAAAAUAAAAAAGGAAAAUAUAAAUAAUUAAAUUAAUUAAAAAGAAUUAUUAAAAAAUACACAAACGAUAUAAUAACAAGAAUAAUAAGAAUAUAUAGAAUAUUAGAAAUAAUAAGAAUAAUAAUCAUUAUAAUAAGUCGUUUAAAUAUAAAUAAAAGAAAAAUAAAUAUAAUAAGUCAAAUAAGAAAAAUAAUUAUAAUAAUCUUCAUAAAUAAAAUAAGUUUAAUAAGUAUAGUAAGUUUAAUAAGUUUAAUAAAUAUAAUAAGUAUAAUAAGUUUAAUAAGUAUAAUAAGUAUAAUAAGUUUAAUAAGUGUAAUAAGUAUAACAAGUAUAACAAGUAUAAUAAGUAUAACAAGUAUAACAAGUAUAAUAAGUAUAACAAGUAUAACAAGUAUAACAAGUAUAAUAAGUAUAAUAAAUUUAAUAAGGUUAGUAAUUACAAUAAGUAUAAUAAUUCAAAUAAAUAUAAUAACAAAAAAUAUAAUAAUCAAUUUAAUAAUAACCUUAAAAAGUUUUUAAUACUAAAAUAGAAAAUGUAAUUUUAAUUAUUUUUAUAAUUAUAUAUCUAUAUAUAUAUAUAUAUAUAUUAAAUUAGAAUAAUAUUUAAAUUGUUAAUAAUACUUUUACAUAAUAAAAUAUAUAAAAUAUUCCUUAAAUUAUUAAAUAAAUACCUCCUCCUACUGCUAUUAAUCUUACAGCUCCGGCUUAACUGAAUAUGUACUUGAAUUAAGGAAAUUAGAUUAUAAUGUAAACUCCACCAGCUCCACCUCAACCAAACAUAGCAUAUGUAAAUCCUUAAAUUAUGAAUAUGAAUCAUAAUUAAGGACUAAAUAUGGCUAAUGUUGUAAUGAUUCCUUUACAAUUAUAAUAACCUAUGAUGCAUUAAUAUUAAUAUCAAAAUUAAUUACCUUUUUAAUCCUAAGCUAAUUAUGUAUUGCCUUCUCCUGGUUAAGAUAUAUAAUAUAUGAUGGGGUAAAUUAUAUAUACUUAUAUAUAUUUAAAAUUUUUAAUUAGUUAAUAAAUGUUAGUAUGGCCUCAUUAAGGAUAAUAAUAAAACCCAUAAUAAAUUAUAUCUGGAGCUGUAAAUCAUUAGGGUAAUUUUUUAUAUAAAUUUAAUAAAAAAAUUAUUAAAUUUUUAAUUAGUAUAAAUGGCAAAUCAAUAAAUUUAAUAAUAAUAAUAAUAUUAAUAAAAAUGAUAAUAAAGUUUAAACUAUUUAUUGUUCAUUAUAAAAUAAAAAUAUUUAAUUUAAAUAAGUAUUAUUUUUCUUAAUUAAAAUAAAAAAAAAGGAAGAAUUUUUUCUAAUAUUAUAUAUAUAUAGCAAAAAAAUAUUUUUUAUAAUAUAUAUAUAUAUUAUAAUAAUAUUUAAAAAUAAUUUUUUGA